GUACACUUCGUCUCGAAUGUAAAAAGAAACUAUUCUGUAUUAAUUAACUAAAAUAAAGUUUAUUGUAAUUGCACCGAAUGUCAUCAUGGAUGAAUAUGGUGGUUUUAAAACCCAGUUCACAUCAGUUAUGGAAAAUGUGCUAAAGACAGCUGUCGGUGAGACAACGAAACUCUUCGAGCGCACUUUGCAGCAAAUGAAAGCCGAGUUAGUUCAUUUGAGGCAAGAGAAUGCUGAUUUAAAGACCGGUGUUUUUUCUCGACAAUAUUUAACAAGUCAAGCAGGGAAUGGAAGUCCAAGAACAGACCAUGCGCAAAGUGUGUCUAAAUGCGAUACUGGUGUACAGUGUGAAAAGCCCAUCAUGGUUGAAAAAUGUUGCAGUCCAGCCUUAUUUAAUGAACGCAGUCUUCGAUUACAAGACAUUACCAAUGAUCGUCUUGUAGAUAUGUGUUCCAACGCUUCUGAAGAUGGAAACAGACAGCUUGCUUUGCUUCUCAUUAAAAAAGAGCCCCAAGACACUGACUGUGAUGAAUAUGCCCCUGGAUACUUUUUACUGAAGCAAGAGGGUGCUGAGCCAAUAUUGGUUCGCAAGGAGCCCUUUAAAGACACCAUGGAAAGAGUUUUGAUUCCCUCAAAAUUCCAAACAUUGAACAGAUGCAAUGGAAACCCCAGAGAAAUCUCAACCACUAAUACAGCCUUAUCAGAGACGACAGCUUCCUCUAGUCACAGAGUGGACUCCUUGAGUAGAGUUCCCCAAUCUGUGAAUACAUCUAGAUUAAGAGAAGAUUUGGCUUCACAUAAUGAUACAAAAAGACAAAACGCCUCCAGACCAGCAAAAUCAACUGUACCAGAGCUACCAGCUUAUGCAACUCAGCAGGCUCAUUCUACAGUUAGCUUAUCUACACCAAUAGACCCCCUAUCUAACAAACUACAUCAGAUGUCAGCACUUAGAGAGGAGAAACAACAAACAGAUACAUUAGAUCAUCUUCCCACAAAUCAGCCCUCUGAGCUACAUGCUCAGCUCAGAACCCUUCAAACCCAGCAACUUGUUCAAAAUAUCCAGAAUCCAAAUACAGUGACACAUCUUGGUCCACAACUUAUUCCUCGACAACAGAAACCAAUUACAGAUCCUUGCCAAUCUGUCCAGUCAAUUCAAGCCCCAGUGGCAACUACAGAAAAAGCAGUUUCACCACCCUCAGCUGAUCAAGAAAUGACACUAUUAGGUGAGUCUUCUUCUCGGGCUCCACAACGUGCUGUCUCUUCACCUCAAAAUUUGAUUUCUUCUGUCGAGAACAUGACUUCACUAGGUUGUUUUCUAGGUCCUCAGUGUCAGACUCCAUUUUCUCCAGACCAUCACACAGUUGCACCUGGUCAGGUAUCUAUUCCCCUGUCCCAUAUUCCAUCUCUACCAAACCAGGUUCCAAUUCCACCUGCACAAGGCCCCAUUCUACCUAUUCAUGUUCCAACUCCACCAGCCCACGUUCCUGUUCCAUCAACUCAAGUGCACGUCCAAUCAAAUGAUAUACUUCCACCUCAGAGUUUAGAUAUCCCAGUCCACUUUCCUUUAGUGCCUCCUCACAAUCUGGCUCCAUUAGCCCAGCCACCUUAUCCUCCGAAUCAAAUUCCAUUUCCUCCACCAUACAUUCCAGCUCAAUCAAUGAGGUCUUCGGUUCCUCCAGUUUCAAUUCCCCAGACUAAUACUCCAUGUGCACUAGAGCAUAUACCAGUUACAUCCCACUAUCAAAUCCUGUCUGAUCCUCUCUGUUCAUCUCCAGACCAGUUUUUUCAUCCACCCGAUAAUGCAUCAGAUUUGCUUCGGUCGCUAAAUCCCACUCCUUUUCACUCAGCAAUUGUGCUAACCCAGCAAGAAGCUGCAUUGGAGCAGCCAUCUAUGAUGCAUUCACAAUCAACUGGGCAAGCUUUGCAGCUGGCUCCACUUCUUACUUUGAAGGAACAGCAAGCAGCAGCUUCCAAUCAGGGAAAUGUUCCCAAGAGAGGGCCUACCUUGCCUGUGGAAAUCUCUGUGCCAUCAGUUAAUAAUUUUGAGCAAAAUAUUCAGAGGUUUCCCCCUUGCUCAAGUCCAGCUAUCAACUCUGAUGACACUGACUCUGUCAUCAUGGAAAUGCACAGUGAAGAAGACCCUAUAGAUAAUGAGGAUAGCCUUCCUGCAUGCUUGCCUGGAGUGACAGAACAUUAUAAGGUUCUUUCGAAGCCUGAUUCAAAUUUCAGAGUAUUAGAUUCUACAGUAGAGGAACAAAUCUUAACAAUAAACAUGGUCAGGGAUCCUCAGAUAGACAAUGAAGUCAUUGAGCAGAAAGAGGGAUGUGACAUAUCCAGUCAGCUUUGGGAACCAACUGAUUCAUCUGGUGAAUUAUCACAUUCAGCUUUAAGUGUUCCUAUGCAAAACAGGGGUCGCAUAUUCCAGAAAGUUUCACGUAAAGUGCUUGAGAAGAAGACAGAAUGCUCUGAAUGUGGCAGGAUUCUUAGCAAUGCAUCUUCACUGGAGAACCACAUGAGGCUCCACAGAGGUGAGAGGCCAUAUACCUGCUCCCAGUGUGGAAAAGCCUUCCCUAGCGUCCGAGGCCUCAACCGACAUGUAAAAGUCCAUGCAGAAGAGAAGGGGUACAAGUGUGAGGAGUGUGGUAGGAGUUUUGUUUAUCAAUUCACACUGACAAAACACAAACUUAUCCACUCUGGAGACAGACCCUUCCCUUGUAAGAUAUGUGGCAAGAAGUUCUUGGCCAAGGCAGACCGGGCUACUCAUAUGCGUAUGCAUACAGGUGAGAAACCUUUCUUCUGCAGUCAAUGUGGGAAGUCAUUCAAGCACAGAGUUGCACUGAACAUGCAUAUGCAGGGACACAGAGGUGAAAAGCGCUAUGUGUGUCCCCACUGUGAGAAAGGCUUUGUGGAUUUAGGUAAUUUUAAGAGACAUAAGCGUAUUCACACAGGGGAGAAACCAUUUGAAUGCAAAGAAUGUGGUAAACGUUUCACUCAGUCAGCACACCUAAAGAAACAUGUUAACACACAACAUAUAGUACCAAGAACAAAAUAGAUAUUUAAUCAUGCGAUAUAUACCAUGAGAAGAACAAGUCAGUAAAUUGCUUAGUGAGAACAAAUGUUUGUAAAUUCAUUGUCGACGUGUUGCUCAUUAAAUUAAGUAAAUAUUUCUAGUAAUUUUGGAACUGUUCUUUGAUUCCCUUUGUUAUCUAUUCAGAGUGGUUCUUCUUUGCUACUGAAUUGGUCAGUGUUAGCACAAAAUGCUCUAAAAUGUUCAUUACUGCCAAGCAGAUGCUGAAACCUUUUCAUUGGUUAAGUUUACAUUUUUUAGUUAUUUUAAGGUUAGUGUAACUGUGUUAUGAUGCUUUUAAGAUGUCAGGUAAUUAAGAACAUCAACAUAAUCAGUUUAAUUUCCAGGAAGGGAAAUGACUAAUAUGUGCUGUUUCUCUAGAAUCUUUUAUUUAUUGUUUCUUUUUUUAUGUACAUAAGGGUUAAAAUCCUUUCAAUCCCUCAGGUCAUAUAAACUGUUUACUAUUUACUGUGAAAAUUGAAAUUAAGGGUGAUUUAUUAAUUCAGAAUUUGAUUUGAACCUGAUAUUCAAACAAUACAAAGUAAAAUGUGAAAUUUUGUGAUCCAUUUUAUCAUUAUUAAA